GAGGAAGGGAGGGAAGGAAGUUGGGGGGAAGAGGAGGAAGAGGAGGAGUGUGCGGCGGUAUAUAAACCUCUGAGGGAACACCUGAGACAGACAGACACGGUUGCUUCCUUCACAGGUAACCAGGAAGAGUAACUAGGAGGAGAGAAGACCCUGCAGGAUGGCAUCGCUAGUGACUGUGGCAGCGGCGGCGGUGAUGGUGGUGGUGCUGGUGAUGGGGAAGGGAAGUUACGCGCAGAUACCAACGGAGCAAGAUAAAUAUAACUACCUGAAGGUGAUGACGGGGUGUCUGGGCAGCAGGACGGUCAUCGGGUGGCGGCGGCAGAUGGUGGUGGCCAUGGAGAAGUGUGUGGGUACCCAGGUCGCCACUCCUCCCACGCUGGACCUCACGCAGUACUUGGAGAGUCUGGGAGUGACCACGCCGGUGAACCCAGCCUUCAUUCAGUUCCCCGUGUAUCAAGCUGGCCACGCCCCCGAGCCCGCCAGGACGCCCCAGUUCACCCAGGUGGCUCCUCAGAAUGCCCAGUACUUCCAGCCCUACUAUUUCAGCAACAACCUGCAGUAUUACCAGCCGGAGCAGUUUAACUUGGCCAACCAGUACCUGAAGGGCUGGCUUAGUCUGAGGGCGAGGCGUGGGGCAGAGACGGAGGCUGCGGCGACGGAGCUGAAAGAGGCUCUGGCGCAGAGACUGAGCAACAUAACCUGUAUUCUGCGCGAGGUGAAGCUGCUGGACGACAACGACCAAGUCAACUACGACCACGUGAGGCAGGAGUUGCUAAGCGCGGUGGCUGGACAGCUCCGGGAAGAACUGAGCACAGCUGAGGGUUCCUGCCGCGCUUUCUCUCGGUGUGUGCCGCCCCACGGUCCCGCUGCCCAUCCCCUGGCUCGCCACCUGGGGCCCGCUAUAGUCUACUACAGGUGCAUGGCGCAGAAGAAGAUGGCGGCUUGCAUGAGACAAGACCUGCGCAAGAUCGGCGCAGAGAUCGGCUGGCAGGGGGGCGACAACCCCUUGACGACCCUGCUGGAGACGCCCGUGCUGAAGCAAGUGGAAGACCUCAUGCUGGGGGACUCUGGCAUCCCCGAACUCCUGAUCUAGGCGUCCUUCCUCUCGUCACCAGCCCCUGCAUGGUUAGUUAGGGAGUGGGUGAUGAAAGAAAUAUGUAGUGUGGUGCUUUCUCUCUCUCUCUCUCUCUCUCUCUCUCUCUCUCUCUCUCUCUCUCUCUCUCUCUCUCUCUCUCUCUCUCUCUCUCUCUCUCUCUCUCUCUCUCUCUCUCUCUCUCUCUCUCUCUCUCUCUCUCUCUCUCUCUCUGGUCUGCAGUAGCUUAUCUCAACACAGACAACCUCUUAAAGAUCAACAAGUGUGGGUGUUUGUGUUUCUCCCUAUCUGUUCUUUGAUAACCCGUUGCAUCUCCUCCCCCUUCCUCUCUCUCACUUUUCUCUGAGCAACACGUGACCAGGUAAAAUAAUGAGUAGGGUUGAUUGUGAAGGAGCUGGUGAUAAUGUUACCUUCUAUAAGCCAACUGUCUGGCUGGCGUGAACCGCUUCUGGUCACUGAAAGAAAUUAGGAGGGUUUCUAAAGCCCAUAUUCCGAAACACUUUGCUCUCACCACGACUAUUUUCAAAGGCCACAGAGAUGAUUAGCCGGGUUUUCAAGAACGUCUCUGCUGUUGAUAAAGUAAAAAUCUUGUUAAGUUGUUACUAGAACGGUAGAAACAUCCUUGAAAAUCUGUAUAACUUCAACUAGAACUUUUCGAAAGCAGUGGAGGUGCGGUGCAGAAGUGUUUCAGGAUAUGAUUCUAUGAACGACGAGAAGAGAACACUGUAGUGUUUGCUUAAUAUGAACGUGCCACUGAAUGAGAAGAACGUGUGUGUGUGUGUGUGUGUGUGUGUGUG